UCCAUUGGAAAAGAUAAAGAGAAACAUAAAGAAAUGAUGGGCAUGCCAAGAAGAAUGGUCUACAUAAACACACCAUGUGUGGCUGUGAGUAUGGUUCUCAUCCUCAUAUGGAUCUUUGUGCGAAUGCACCAUCCUUCUCUUUCUCUCAUCCCUGAUGAUGAUGAUUUCAAGGCCAAUCUUGUUAGAUUUCACACUCGGCUCCAUUCUCCCAUUGUAAAAGACAACCGUGGCUGGUUGCUUGAUCCUCUAUCUCUUACAUCUGCUUAUGCCAUUUCAGGUGGAGCUGUUAAUUGUGCUUCGAUUCAUGCUGGGGAAAUUAGACCGGGCAGGUUAAGAGGAAAUCAUAGACACCAUGAUUGUAAUGAGACACUUGUCAUUUGGGGUGCUUCAACAAAAUUUAGGUUAGAGAACAAGAAGAUACCUGAUAGUGGUUAUGCUGAGGUGACUUUUGGGUCAGAUGAUGUUGUUAUUGUCGCAAGCCCAAGAGGGAUAGCCCAUGCAAUAAUGAACAUAGAUCAUGUUCGAAGUACAUUCUUUAUAGGAUGCCAAGAUAGUGUCAUAACUUAUAAUGCAUCAAGUACUGACUUUAAUGUUUGGAAAGAUCUUUAAGGUGUUCUCUAAGGAUUUUCUAGUUACUUUCCUUUUGGUGCAAUGUAAAAUGUAUUUUCUAAGGUUAUUAAUACAUGACAUAAGAAGAUUAUUU